UACCGGAGCAAUCAGGUGGCACCAACUUCAAGAGGAGAACAUCUCUACUGCAUCAUUUUCUUGAGCCCAUCAUGCCAUCGAGGAGGCUCAGAUGUACCUUCACCACUCUGGAACGACUCGUUUCAUUGGAACAGUAAUGUGACACCUCAGAGGUCAGCUUUUAGAAUGAGUUUCACGCUCCCAAAAAGCGAAUCGACGACUUCCUUACUGAGAUCCUCCGCGAGCAGGACAGCAGCUCCACAUCCCGACCACACCGGAGCCCGUCGGACUCAUCAUCAGCGUUCAGCGGCAGCAGCGGAGGCAUUUGGAGCAGAGACCGCUUUAGAGGAGUCGUACUGGACGGCGGAUUGCGAUGCAAGCUCUAGGAGACCCCUGUGUCACCCCACACUGGUCGCUAACAGAAAUAGCCCGGAGAAGGGCCACCCACAACACUCCCACGGACACGCUCUUGCUACGGCUCACAGUCAGGAGGACCUGUCUGAGCUUCCAGGUGGAGGGGAGAGCCAGACAGCCAGACGACACCACCAUCACCAUCAUCAUCAUCAUCAUCAUAACCGUCAUCGCCACCGGUCCACCCGGGAUGACCUGCCCCAUGAGCCCCGACCCAAACACUUUCACGCCGCUCGCAUGCCCAACAGAACUCAAUCUUUCUCCGAUUGCAGGGACGAAACGGUUCUCUUUUGUGAGUCACAGCAACUGGACCGGGCUCGAUCGGGUUCGUACACGAGCAGAGAGGCGUGUCCACCCUCCACCGCCUCGUCCUCACCGGUGCCCGCAUCCUCCAGCCGCUCCUCCCGGAGAUCAGGGCGCUCCAGCGUAGCAUCCUGUGAAACAGACUUCAACCUGCGCCCGUACCUCAGCUCAGUGUUUGGACAGAAUCGAGAACUAAGACCAGAGGAGAUCGAUGAGUUACGAGAAGCGUUUAAGGAGUUUGAUAAAGAUAAAGAUGGCUUUAUCGGAUGUAAGGACCUGGGUAACUGCAUGAGAACCAUGGGCUACAUGCCCACUGAGAUGGAACUAAUCGAACUGAGCCAACAAAUAAACAUGAAUUUAGGUGGCCAUGUGGAUUUUGAAGAUUUUGUAGGAUUGAUGGGGCCUAAACUGCUUGCUGAGACAGCAGACAUGAUUGGCAUAAAAGAGCUCAGAAAUGCCUUUAAAGAGUUUGAUACAAAUGGAGAUGGGGAAAUAAGCACUGGAGAGCUGAGAGAAGCUAUGAGGAAGCUCCUGGGACAGCAGGUAAAUGCUUUUGGUUCAUCUGUGUGGAUGUGCUUAAAUCACCUGAUUUUACUAUUUUAUCUAUUAGGUUGGUCAUCGAGAUCUAGAGGACAUACUGAGAGACAUUGACCUAAAUGGAGAUGGCCGAGUAGACUUUGAAGAGUUUGUGCGUAUGGUUUCCCGUUGAAAGGAUGGUUUUCAUAUGGUGUCUCCAAUAAAAGAAAGUGAGAUGCUGUACUGCUUCCUGCUGGUCAAAGCUGACAGAAUAUUAGACUACUGCUAGAGGACCCUUGCUGAGCCAGUGUUUUACAGUUUAAAAAUUGACAACUGGACUUUUUUUAAGGGGGUGAUUGGGGGGUGGCUGAUGACCACUCAUGCACGUACAAAUAAGUAUACAUAUAGACUGUAGCCAAGUGUCUCUGCACUUUCAACCAUGUAAGACCAAUCAAUAUGUUUUUUUUUACAUGCACAUUUGAACGUGAGUACUAAUGUUUAAUGAUGGCAAUAUUACAUUUUGUGUUGUCCCUGUGUUUCUCUGUGUGAUAAACUAGGUGAAGAAAAUUAUGUCUGAGUGUUUUUAAAGCCACAUUCUAUGUUUUUCCUUUCUUUGUUUGUGUGUAUAUUUGGCAUAGUUAAUGCCAUGAACACAUUGACUUUGUGAUAAUACACAACAUGAGUCAAGGUCAGCUACUCCACUGUGAGCC